AUGGCACACGAGCAGCUGAACACUAACAAGACAAAGAUAAGCAUUUCGCGAUGUCAUCGUGCGGAUAUUAAGCAUUUCAACGUAUCGGGACGAAGCGUUUAUAUUCUCAGCGUGACUCAUGGUCAAGUGACAUGUUGUCGCAGCGCCAUUUACACUGUGAUGAUGAGGGGUCUCGAGAUUGUCGUCCAACGAUACCAUUUCGACCCCGCGAUGGUUCAACAUGACGUUGGUCAGCAUCAUUUUAUCGUGAGGUAUGGGAGGGAUGACGACACGAGAGAUGAGAGCUGGAGUUAUAUGAAGCUGGCCUCCCGGUCAAUUGACACCCUUCCCAGGUUUGAUCAGAAACACCAAGAGACAUAUACAAUAUUACACGAUACAGCAAGACAAAACAUCAUGUCGGAGAGAAGAAGAUCUUCUGGCCCAAAGGCCCCAACUGGUCUCAAUGAUGAGACGGCUGAAGAGGUUCACGAUGUCAUCCACCAGGCCGAGCUGGAAGAACUAAAGAUGCAUGGAAAAGAUGCGUUGUGUCAGGAUGAUGUUGGACCAAGUGAGGAGGGUGGACAACAACAGCAGAAGUCGGCGAUGGGCAAAGUCAAAGACGCGCUGAAUCUGGGCAAAUAA